AUGAAGAUAUCCGCGAGUGAAGGUGGCGUUCCUCUACUGGGCGCCGUCGGUCCGCGCUACAUCGUCAAGCAGGCGACGGUGAAGCGGUGCGUCGUAGCGCUACUGCUCAUCUCCAUCGCCAGUAUAUUCUACUACACCCACUACAUCAUCAGCAGCCCGUUCUCCAGUUUGAUACAUCGGGACACGAGACCGGAACCGGCGAUACGAUGCUCGACGCUGAGAGGCGCGACCAGACUGCCGUCAGCACCGGACCAUCGCAGUGAAGCUCGGCUGAGGAUAGACCCGAAGGUGUUGGUCUUCGUGGAGACGCUGUACUCGAGGCUGGGCCGAGAGAUAGCCGAGCUGCUAGUUUACAAUCGAAUCAAGUACAAAGUGGAAGUGGCCGGCAAGUCUUUACCAGUACUGACGAACCUCGACAAAGGUCGUUACGGGGUGCUGAUCUUCGAGAACCUGAACAAGUACCUGCAGAUGGACAAGUGGAAUCGCGAGCUGCUGGACAAGUAUUGCAGGGAAUAUUCAGUCGGCAUCGUCGGUUUUGCCCCACCCGGAGAGGAGAGCCUGGUCGGUGCUCAGCUCAAGGGCUUUCCGCUUUUUAUACACACGAAUCUUAGGUUGAAGGAUGCUCAGCUGAAUGCGGCGUCUCCUAUUCUCCGAUUAACCAGAUCGGGGGAAACGGCCUGGGGACCACUUCCUGGCGGCGACUGGACUAUUUUUCAGGCCAAUCACAGCACCUACGAGCCGCUCGCUUGGGCGCACCGAGACAGCCUCGACUAUCCGGCCAACAAGAGUCCCUUGGCCACCGUCAUCCAGGAUCAUGGCCGGUACGACGGGAUCCAGAGGGUCCUCUUUGGCAGCGGGCUGCGAUUCUGGCUGCACAAGCUGCUGCUGUUGGACUCGUUGUCCUACUUGUCGCAUGGGCAACUGAGCCUCAGUUUGAAUCGCAUGAUCCUAGUGGACGUGGACGAUAUAUUCGUGGGCGAGAAGAGCACCCGACUGAGGAAAGACGACGUAAUGGCGUUGCUGGCCACGCAGCAGAGGAUCCAGGCGCUCGUGCCGGGGUUCAAAUUCAAUUUGGGGUUUUCCGGCAAGUAUUUUCAUCACGGGACGGCGGAGGAGAAUUUGGGGGACGACAUGCUUCUGGAGAACGUAGACAGAUUUACGUGGUUUUCCCACAUGUGGAAUCACCAACAACCGCACCUCUACGAGAAUGUAACUCAUCUGCAAUUGGACAUGGCGCUGAACAAGCAGUUCGCGAAGGACCACGGUAUACCGACCGGAAGCGGAUACAGCGUAAGUCCGCAUCACUCCGGCGUCUAUCCGGUCCACGAAGGCCUCUACGAGGCGUGGAAGAGGGUCUGGAACAUCAAGGUCACCAGCACCGAGGAGUAUCCACACCUGAGACCAGCUCGUUUGAGACGCGGCUUCAUUCACCGUAAUAUCAUGGUCCUACCCAGACAAACUUGCGGCCUUUUCACUCACACAAUUUUCAUCGAGAGGUAUCCGGGCGGGCGGGAAAAGCUGGACGAGUCGAUACAGGGCGGCGAACUUUUCCAAACGAUCGUGUAUAAUCCGAUAAAUAUUUUUAUGACACACAUGUCGAAUUACGGAAACGAUCGAUUGGCGUUGUACACGUUCGAGUCGGUCAUCAAAUUUAUUCAGUGCUGGACGAAUCUGAGACUGUCCAGCGCGCCGCCGCUUCAGCUCGGGGAGCGUUAUUUUCAGCUUUACCCCGAGGAGGCCGACCCGGUGUGGGGGAAUCCGUGCGACGAUCAGAGGCACCAGAAGAUCUGGUCUCGCAAUAAGACCUGCGACCAACUGCCGCGGUUCCUGGUAAUCGGGCCUCAGAAAACCGGCACCACAGCGUUGUACACAUUCCUCUCUAUUCACCCGGCGAUAAGCAGCAACCUACCGAGCCCCGACACCUUCGAGGAGAUUCAAUUUUUCAACGGGAAAAAUUAUUACAAGGGUCUCGAUUGGUACAUGAGCUUCUUCCCGACGGCGAAAAACGAGAGCUCUCGGUACCUCUUUGAGAAAUCCGCCACUUACUUCGACGGAGAAUUGGUACCGCGGAGGGCACACGCGCUUUUACCGAGAGCCAAACUAAUCACUAUAUUGCUCUCCCCAGCCAGACGCGCUUACUCAUGGUACCAGCAUACCAGAGUGCACGGGGAUCCGGUAGCGAACAAUUACUCCUUUCAUUCGGUCAUCACGGCGAGCGAUUCCGCGCCGAAGCCCCUGCGGGACCUCAGAAAUAGGUGUCUCAAUCCUGGCAAGUACGCCCAGCAUCUGGAAAGGUGGCUGUCGUUUUACGUGCCGCAACAACUGCACAUCAUCGACGGCGAGCAACUGCGGCAGAAUCCCGUAGAAACGUUGCACGAGCUGCAGCGGUUCCUCAAGAUCACGCCCGCCUUCAAUUACUCCUCGCACUUGAGGUACGACCCGAAGAAGGGUUUCUUUUGCCAGGUGACCAACGAGGAUCGCACUAAAUGCCUCGGCAAGAGCAAAGGCCGCCAAUAUCCGCCGAUGGAGGACAGAUCGUACAAAUUGUUACAGAGAUAUUAUCUGUCCCACAACACGGCUCUGGUGAAGCUGUUGAAGCGGCUCGGAUCCAGAACGAUUCCGCAAUGGCUGAAGGAAGACCUCACCGACACUGUGAUGACCUAGCAAACGCUGAUCGCGUGAAACUCCAACGUUUCCCGUUUGUUCGCUUCCGCCGUGAGCGAGAUACAUCGCUUGCUGGCGGAAGACCUGUAAAUUAAUUGUAUAUUCGACGCCCCACUGGAUUCCACAACUUCAGAGGAAGAACCCAUGCCUGGCCUAUCCCAGUGGACUGGCCUAAUUUAUGGGAAGCCUGCAAAGCUAGUCACUAAGCGGCUUUAUUUACGAAGCCACAAUUGUAAUUGUCGAUCGUUGUUAAACUAAUAGUACUGCGGAAGUUAUCAUGAUUAUUUGAUAUUUUUUAUUAAACUUGGUAGCAUUCUUAAUUUUACUACCGUCAGUAGUAAUUUUUUUUUACUGUCGUUAUUAUCAUCGUUACCACGUUAUAGAGGCGAGAAAUGUUUAAAAAAAAAAAAAGAGAGAUACAAGGCGCUUACUGAUGUCCGUUAAUUGCGAUAAUAAGCGCCUUUCAUCCUAUUUUUAUCGAGUGCACAAGAUUGAUCGAAGAUAAGUCGUUCAAGUCGUGUAAGUUUUCCAUUCGAAUUAAAAUGUUUUUUUUUUAAGUAGUUUUUUUGAAAAAAGAAAAAAAACAAAUUUGUUUCUACGAUUUAUAUUUCUUGUGUCAAAAGGUAAAGUUUCGUGUGGGUAAAUAUUUCUGAGGUAAGAAUAAAACAGCAAUCUUUAGUAUCAAAGUGAACACACACAUAAUGAAUAAUUAAAAAUUCAAUUUUCUCAUUUAAGAUUCGAUGUCGAAGUACGAUUUAUCGUCGAUGAAUUAUUUUUCUUUUUGCGCUAAUCGUCGGAUCGUCCAUAUGAGCGUGAGACUUUGGGGCUCCGAGCUUUUUCCUCGAGCCCGCCAACUUUCGGAGAUACAGUGUAUAUUAAUUCUUGUUGCGUAAGCGUAUUUGAGAUCGAUGCUGGCGGCAAUGAGCCGACGAGGAGUCUAUGUAUAUUUUGACAAUACUAUUCUUGGUACCGGCGUUGUGGAAAAAGCCAGCAACAAAAAAGUUUUGUGAUCGCGUCCGUUUGUACACUGAGAUGUAACGUAUUAUUUUGAUGUUAAGAUAGAUGUACCAUAAAAAGGAUCCAAGAUGAUUAAAAUCAGGCAUAUUCAGAGUGAGCCCGAAGAUUUUCAGAUCUCCCGAAUAUGAUUAGAAAACGUACGUUUAUUCGCAAUAAUAAUCGCUAACAGAUUUGAGACUCGUGCGACGCUUGUUGGAGCAACACAUGACUGUUUGGAAAAUACCGCGCAGAUUUACUCGCUGAUAAACUGUCCCCGAAACUGAUAUGCAGAUUAAAAAUUGGAUAUAACUCACCGCCUAUUGUACACCGAGCUGACGAAACGUUUGUUCGAUAAGUGUCGCGGAAAACGUAAGCUUCAGCGGUCAUUAAAAAUGAUCAUGUUGUGGCUACUCGACGUUAUUUUUUGCGAUAUUUUUCACCUUUGAUGUGUACAUACAUAGAGGAAGAGAGAGAGAGAGAGAGAGAGAGAGAGCGUGUGUGUUUUUUUCACGCGCGUAUUCAAUUGCUCGUUUUGGAGUGACCUUCGUACAACCGUAUACCACGAGAGAAUAUAUAUAAAAAAAAUCAAUUCAAUAAAAUUAUGCUGGCUGGACAAACGCCGACAAAAGAUCUGAUUAUUGUGCGCGUUAACUUUAUUUGUUAUUUACACGCGUAUGUCAUCCUCGAUAAUAUAUAAGCAAUGUACAAAUACUUUUAAUGAUACUGUCCGCGUAUCUGUGACCACGUAACUGUACAUUAUAACUAAGUAAUUCAUGAAAGAAUUUGAAGCGUGGCCCAAUUACGCCCUGCACGUGACAUAUGCUCGGCGCAUCUUUUGCACGGUGAAACGUACCGGCUAAUGUGUACGAAUCGUUCGAUGAUUUCGGUCCAAGACGAGCAAUCCAGUGUCUUAAUGGAAGAGGAACGCUCUUUUUAUUCGCGAGUCUCGGUAAGCGCGGAUUGUGUUGUGUCCUGGUGGAAUGUUUUGUUAUGUUUUGUAGAACCUAUUUUCGUUUUCAGACUGCCGUUGAAUUAUGCCAUAUAACGUUUAACGAAUCAUGUAUAAAGUUUAUUGUUAGUAUUAUAACAGUAGUUACUAACGAUACUCUAUCAACCAAUUGAUCUGUUUCGUCGAAUCGUGCCAUUUUACCAGUGUUGUAUAUACGAUUAUCAAAUACGAUCAACGUACCAAUCGCGACGUCGGUUCUCUAGAGUCAUCAAUAUCCUUAAUUUCGUUUAGUAUGGCGGUAGCAACGAGUGUCCGGCUUGCUACUACCUGACAAUAACGAGAUAAUGACAAAAAAGAUAUAGGUAAUAACCCCGUGGAAUAUCGACCGACGCUCACACAAGAGAGAACGUGUGCGAGUUAGAUCAACGGCUAGCAUUGCAUCAUCGCUGGUCCACCCGUUUAAAACAAUUAUAUCUUUGUAUUUUUGAAACUUGUAUAAUAUUGACAUAUCGUGACGGUAAAAGUGCGCGAUUAGAGAUUAAGUAAUUUAAAUAAUAUAGCGAAAUUGUCCUAUAUUUUGUGUAGCAUCAGUGUCUGAACGCCAUCAGGUUCUCGCACGAAAUCAGGAACUUUAUGAUUACUGACAUAUUCUUUAUUUAUUUAUUUAUUUUGUUCCAUCGUAUAUAUACUAUCUCCAAAUCGAUCAGACCACUCGAAAUCACACUUGCAUAUCAGGCACUGCCACUGAUGAGCGAUGACGAACUGCUAACCGCUGCGAGAUUCCGCGAGGUGCAUCUGUUCCGUGUAUUACAAACGCACAGGAAUGGCGAGCAUUCUGUAAAUAUAUUCUGUUCCAAUAGACUGUCACGCAGGAAAAAAUUGAUGCCAUCGUUGUGCAAACAAACGAAGCCGCGCGUAAGAUGUGUGUGUGUGUGUGUGUGUGUUUGUGUGUGUGUGUGUGCGUGCGUGCGUGUGUGUGUGUGUGUGUGUGUGUGUAUGUACGCAUGUAUGUAUGUGCGUGUGCAUGUGUGCGCGACACCUCGGGAUAGGAUCUUGAAUUAUUUAUAACUUAUGACUACUCUAUUGUAAAAUACUGUAAUAACUGUACGAAUAGUCGUAAGUUCUAAUAAAAAGAGGCCCUGAAAAAUC